GAAUGUAAUGAAUUAUUGUCUGCUUGACAUAAUUAUUUCUACAGACGAUUGCGCUGAACAAAGCAACAAUAAACAAAUAAUUUCUCUCUGCAGCAGAAAGGCAGCCACAAACAUGAAGUGCUUGAGUGGAUAUUUAAUUUUAUACAGAGUAUAAAAUUGUUGUGAAUGGAUAGUAAAAAAAAUUAUGAAUGGAAGAAAAAAAGUUUAAAAAAAAGAAAAAUUGAAAAGAAAAUAAUUAAUUUUCUCCACAUAAGCAUAGAGAGUGAAGAAGCCAAGCAGUUCAAUGUGUUGAAAUGGAAGGCGAGAAAUUUUCCUGGUUUGCAAAGAAUUAUUUGAGGAAACGGCCACGACUUGAGUCCACACCAUUUGCUGAAGAUCAAAUGGCGUCCACAUCAACAUGUAUGCCCUCAACAUCGUCCACAACUACCCGUAGAGUAGCUAGACAACGUAUUCUGAUUGAACCGAGCGAUGAGCAGCUGCUGAAAUGGCAAGAGAGACAGAUAUCCGAGUGCAUCGUUGAAAAUACCGUUAAUCAAAUGGUUGAAUCCUAUCUUACAUUUAUCGAAGGUGAAAAUACGAAUAAUGGAGCACGAAAUGAAUUGGAACGCGAAGCAUAUCAUGCAUACAGAGCUCAGGAAAAUUUUGAAGACUCUGCCAUUGUAUGGGCAAUUGAUCAAUAUGGCUUGCAGCAGCACAGUCAACAAUUUUUUAAUGACAAUCGCACCGAAACUAUGUCUACGUCAUCAUCAUCGAUAUCAUUGUCAUCACCGCCACAUUUACCGUCACAAGAUGACCUGUACUUUUUUAAAAGUUCACAAGAUAAAAAUCAAGAUCAAGCAGAAUCAAAAAGUGCGUCCAAUUCGCAAGCUGAAUGUUCACAGGAGGGCGAAUGUAGUAAAGCAACAGAGAAUCAGGUAUCUGAAGCAUCCGAUCAAGGGGAAAAACUUAACGAAUCUGCAGCCGAGCCACAUCAAUCAGCUGCUGGACAGGCAAUAAACGAUGAACAUUUCGAUUUUAUGGAAGCUGCCGUUGCAGUAGCCAUUCAGGAAAAAGGUCUUGUUUCGUACUCGAUGCAAAAAUCACCAAACAGAUAGUACAAAAAAAAAUCAGCAAGCUGCAUAAUUCAUUUUAUUUCCGUUGCUCUCAAGUUGCGCAGACAUUAUUCGAAUAUAUAGAUGCAUACAUAUAUCUCCGUACACUAUUUAAGAGUUUGAAUUAAUUAACAAAACUUCAUUUUAAAAAGAAGUAGCCAGUAGAAUUUUCGUGUGAUUUUUUCUCGUUUCAAACAAAUAAAAAUAAAUCUUUCAUUGAAGUAUAAA